AUGCUGGAUAGCAUCCUCAACCAAGCCCGUAAAACAGACAGGAGGGGUACCUGCAACGACGCUGGGCAUGUCCCAACAUCAGCCUUGUACCUAGAAGUGGAGGCCAUGAGGUCCUCAGGAAGGGCGAUAUCCGACACCCUGGUUGCCCUACCGAUGACCAUAUCAAAACAGCUGGCUAGUGCCCCUUGCAUCUGUUGCCCACAGGACAGGUUAUCGUCCUUAGAGGAAAAGACAGUUACAACAUCAACGGGCUCCACUGUCUCUUUAUCAUCUAUGCCGACCACCGGAGAGGGAAGAGGGGACACAGAGGAGGAAUCAAGUUGGAAACGAGGAAGAAACGCGGGAAAAGGUAAGGGCUAUGACAAACAGCUGAAAGAACUCUUGGACUUAGAGAUCCUGUCCAUAGUGGAGGAGUUUGACGAAAAGGAGAAUAAAGACACAGUGUACGAGCAAAGGUUGCAGACAGCAGCAGACAAUUUCAUCGCCGCUGCCUCCAAACUGCCCAGAGUCUCUGGGUGUUUCCCCCCAUGUGGUUUCCAGAGUGCAGGCGCAGUAUAUAACUGUGUUACCUGCAAGUAUGACUCCUGUGAAUUCCCUCUGGACUGUCCAGUUAAAGAUAUUCAAGUAAUGGAGAACAGCAGAAGCCAGGUGCGAUGUGAUGUGCCAUUUCGCCUACCAAAUGAUAUUGAGGUGAUCUGGAGGUUUGCAGAGGAGCUGAAAACCCAGCAGGUGGAUCAGUUUAAAGAAGUGACCGCAGGGAUGGACAAGCUCUACUCAAUCCGUUCAACCAGCCUGCACCAUCAGGGCACAUACCAGUGUGAGAUCUACUCCGGAGCACGCUCCAUUGUCAGACUAUACUACUACCUCACAGUGACCCCCCAGGUUGUGGUCGGCCACACAGAGCUACAAGAAAUAUUUGACAUGUCUCUGCUCCCAGGAGGACGUUUAGUCCCUGCGCCCGAUGGAUCUCUCCACCCCCCCCUACUCCUCCCCUCACCCCUGCUUCUCACCACAUGCUUAACAUGUGUGCUUCUGCUGCUCUUCCUUUCCCUGGGGGCUCUUUAUUUAUCAUCAAGAAUAACCAAUGACGCUGAACAAGAAAUUGGAGAUGAAGAUUUAGGCUUCUUUAGUGAAAGCACAGAGCAAUAAAGGCAUGUCAUCAAUCCUCUGGUUUUCAAAAGGCUCUGAUGUCAUGGCUGAAAGAGAGCCUGUUUUCAACACUUUUCACCACUAGAUGGCAGGAUGUACAUCAGUAUCUGUUGAUCCCUCUCUACACUGAGCUGCAACAUUUACUUGGACACUACCGAAGAAAUGUUUUUUUUACUCUACUCCAACAUUCCUCUAAAUGUGAUUCUUUGCAUUGUCAAAUUUCAGAAGAUAUGUUUUUUAAUAUUCAUGCAUUUUAAAUUAUUUUAAACUAGAAAAUAAAUUAAUCCAAAGGAAUAUAGCCCUUUAAAAAGUAAGAUAAUGAAUAAAAAUUUUGAAAUGUUGACUAUUUUGUCAAACACUUACCACUUCAACUGGCGUGAAAUUUCGAGUAAUGUUCCUUAACUUGUAAAAGAUUAUUUUAAUGUUGCUACUUUCACUUAAGAAAAUAAAGAAUUUUACUUUUGGUUUCAACAGCCUAUCACACGGUAACAUAGUACAUUAUUUAUUUUUAUCAACUCAAGAUAAAUUUGCUUUUGUUUGGCAAAGUUUGUUUGGUGAAGCUACGGAAAAAUAUAUACAGGCAAAACUGAAAAAAGUUAGGUAUAAUCAUAAUGGUCUUGGUUGCACUUUCAAUGGCUGAAAAAGUCCAAGAUGUAAAGUCGCAGGUGUUUGACUCAGGGACAUCCAUAGAGGCGCUGAUAGAGCUGUAAAAUGGAAAUGUAUUUGUAAAGAAAGUUUUUUUUUUUUUUUCUUGUUUUGAGCUGCUGUCUUUUCGCUCGCGGGCUGUUAGGACACUCCAAUAGGAAACAAUAGAAUUAGAAUAUUUACAGUCUAUGAAUUAGGCUGAUUUUGACGCUGUUAGGACACGGUGUUGGUCUGCCUAAACAGACAGGCCUUCAGGUGACCACAAGGUGGCAGCAACGUAAUUUUGCAUGAGAAAUACAGAAUGAUCAAAAAAAUUGAACUUUGUUAUACAUUAACAAUGUGUCAGAUGAUAUAUGGUUGCUAAAACAAAACAAAACAUUAAGUGAAUACAAUCUGAAUAAUGUGGUGGGAUGGGGAAGUACUUCUUUUGCAACAGAUAUUUACACAAAGUGUGACACUCUAGUCAUAUUUGCCAACAUAUCAUUUUUUUUAAAGAUUCUAGGAGCUUUCAAGGCCGAACGCCUCGCCCAAACUUCUCUGAUGUCAAAGUCUGCCUUUGUGGUCUGUUGAUGAGUGAAUGGCUGAACUCUUCAAGCAUUACAUAGCAUAUAUAUCUUAAUAUAUGAGGUCAGAGCUGGCUCUUUGACGUGAACUUAUCAAGAGUUAGUAUAAAGGAUGUCACUAAAAACGUAUUAGAUAAGUAAAAAUAAAUAGGGGAUUAGUUAAAUAACUACUAAAAUGUUAAAUACUGUUUUUUAUC